AUGAACCCUCGGUUACCGGCGCUCGUCACCCCACCGAGUUCGCCUGGUGGGGCGGGGGCAGCUGGCUCGACGGGUCCGCCUCGCCGAGCAAUGGCCAAAGUGCGCCACGCCUCGAUCGCCAUCGCCAGGUCCCAUUCCAAGUUCGCGUAUUUUCGGAUCCUCAUUUGCGUCGUUCUCAUAGCCGCCUUCAUCGUCUUUGGGCCCUCCGAAAAAAUACUCCUGGGCGUACGACAUCGCAUCGAAGCCGAAUUGGCAUCGCGAAACGCUCGAGACGAGCGACAGUGGGUGCCAGGCGAAACCGGUACAGCUCAGCCCCCUGGGCACGAGCACAGACACGAUCACGAGCACAAGCAUGGGCACCACUCGUCGCUUGCACCGGCGAAUCAAAGUGCGCAUAUGACCGACGGGGGCGACGAGCCCUUGGCCCAGUCGUCCUCGUCGUCGCCUUCAAGACUUGACAAGAUAUACAAAGCCGUGGAACGACCAGUCUCCACAAACGAGAAGCCUGCAAUAUGCAAGCGAACACUUUUGUUCAACAUGGCCGGUGCGUUUCGUUUUGCGCUCAAGAGUUUUCGUUCGGGUUCAUGAUAUUUUCUGCAUGGCUAGCGAAACUAAUCAGAGCGCAACAUGUCGUGCUGCAUUCAGGUCUACACGGUUUUGGAAGCGAAGUACUCAUGCUCACCCGCAUGGCGGUUCUUGCCGAGAUGUUCAACUACAGCCUCUUGGUCGAUUCGUCCCGGUGGAACUAUGGCUCGUGGGAGGCGGUCUUCCAAGCCCCCGCGCUGGACUGCAAGCCCCCGCCUUCGACAACCUGGAGGGCGAGCAUUAAGUUCGACAGGAAAGCGAGGACGCUUGAUAAGGCCGCUGUCCGCAAGAAUUGGGCGACCUUCGACCACGUGACGUUGAGAAGUCGGGACAACAAUGGGCUUGAUAAAGCGCUGUUGGACACCCUUACUUCCUCUAGUGAGAUGGAUGUCCUUCACCACCAGGAUCUGAAGGAACUGGUUCACCCAGCUGCAGAUCGCGCCAGCUUGACCACGCCUGAGCUCAAGCUUGCAUCCCAGCUGGUGCCAUCAGCGCUGCAGGUUAUAUUUACCCGACAGGCUCAGUCUUUGUCGGCCUUGUGGCGUCUUUCGAGGCCUGCAGCGGUGCGCGUGCGAGCCGCUCGGGCAAAUCUCAAGUCGUUGACUCGGCAGCUGCGAGCUGCGCAGCAAUUGAGUGGAGAUGCUUCCCCAAUCAUCAUCGGUAUGCAUGUUCGACUAGGCGACAAAUACAAGGAAAUGAACCGGAUAGGACCUCAGGCAUUGAUGGAUACUUCGGGCCGGCGCUCGACUUUGCCGCAAGCCACACCAACGAAGACAAGCCGCCUCGAUGACCGCGCGAUCGAGAAAUAUCUUGUAGCUGCCAUAACCCUUGUGGAGCGCGUGCGGCGAACUGGUGUCGUUCCCUCUUUCGACGAGCGACCGGUACUCCUGGUUGCCUCUGACAGCCUCACCGCAUCGACGGCGAUCGCCAAGCACAAGAUGGGUAGAGCUUUCAACGUCAUCGACAUCGCUGAUCUAGACCCAUCCGAGGCCAUUGCUCCUGACGAAUCCAUCCAUGGAAAGCAACGUAUGCGCGUCGUUGAGAACGGUUUUGUGAGUCCACUCCUCUAUUUCACUGAACUAUGAACGCCAAGCCCCAAGGCUCAAUGGGCGGGCUCUGGUAUAUGUGCUUUCCACGUUGUUGCAGGACGAGUUGAAGUUCAACAUGCUGCCUUUUGAGGCCCGAGAGCGCGUCGCGCAAGGCUUUGUGCGCGACAUCACAAUACUCGCUCAAGUGACGCACGGGUUGGUGAUGAGCGCCUCGUCGAACGUUGGGCGCAUGCUUGCGCUACUUGGCGGAGAAGAGAAGAUUGAACAAGGAUUAAUCGCAAGCGUGGACACGAGGUAAGGCUUGCUCCGGGCUAGAAGGUCGAGCAUGCUGUGAUCUUAUUGGCUUUCAGUUUUUUUUUCUCGCAGAUGGUUUCCAACAAGUCAUUUCUCCUAAUCCGCUUUUCUCUAGACUAUGGGUCAGGGUUUGUGUUGUACUUCGGAAGCAAUCAAUGUAGAAAAAUUCAGUUUCAAAGUGUGCCCAUUGACUCUGGAAAUACAUACUCUCCAACCCAGUUUCUCUGCAGCUGCUUAGCAAGCAAAGUUUCUGGUGUCCAAACGCGCCCCAAAAUCACCCAAGAUCGAAGACCCUCCCCACGUCACGGCUUUAGCACGUCCUGCUCGCGGUGCAGCUGCCUCCCCUCCCCAGCCCAAUCCCGAGUAUCGACAGCUACUUGAAGGCUCGGAUAGCGGUCAGUUGCUCCGUCCAACAACAUGCGGAAUGCUUUAGCUUCUGUGUAGGUGGGUCGCACAGUUCAGCAUGGGGGUCUACUGCAGACGCGAGAAUGCCCGGUCGUACAAUAACGCACUGUCCUUCACUUCGCUUGCUGCUUACUUCGACCAGACACGACUGGGCACUCUAGGACCCCCCGUGUUUCGCGUGUUUGGUCGCCUGUAUCAUCGACUUGGCGCCCUGAUCCUGCCGUCAAUCAACGCCCAGCCUUUGCCCAAACCUGGCUCAUCGGCCUGCGCGAGCUUUGGCCGAUGCGAACUCCCUCACAAAGCGAUUGCCGGCACGCAACAUGGACUCGAGCUUGGUCAGCGUAGAACUUUGUAUGCGACUGUCUGGGCUGUCGGGUCCAAGUCGAGUGUCGGUGACCUCGGCCGGGUUGGAAUACGGCCAAAGAGUGGGUCCUGCGCCUUUGCCGACCACCAGGCCGAGACCGACGCACCCACAACCUUCCUACGUCAAGCACGGAAAUGGCAAUGCUUAUCUGCGAUUCCGACACCAAUACGGGAGAUCGUGGACCGCAAGAUCGUAUUCCUCAGGUGCACGGUGAUCGAUGUCCCGAUGGUUGGCCCAAGUACCAAAUCGUUAGCUCGCUCAAUCCGUCUGGGAUGCCUCUCCGUACCCACUGCUCUUCCCCGCAGGAGAACAUGGCUUCCACCCCAACAUUCCUCUUUGCGGGUUCAACCAAGCUGGGCCGCCCACCGCCAGAAACCGAGAGCAGAUCGACAAUGGUGUCCAAUUGCGCGACCUACUUGCCGGCCUUGGUCCGGAUGAAGAAGACGAUGAGGAGGACGAUGAGGAUGAAGAUGACGAGGACGACGAAGAGAAUGGUGAUGGUGAACGUAAGCUAAGCAUCUUCGGCUCAUUCUCACAUACCUCUCUGUUGAGACGCACGCUCAGACUGACAUGAAUUGUUCGAAAAUCUAGGACCAAGAUCAAGCAAAAGGGGUCGAGGUAGAUCAACCCGAGUCUCGCGUUCUCAAUAUCUGGGCUACUACCUGCACGAACGCGACACCUACUUCUCAAUCCCACAUGCCACCUAGCGUCUCUUCCUUGAGUUUGUAAUCGACGGAUACUCCCAACCGGAGACCGAUCGACUUAACUAUAAGAAAACCUGCGCCUCACCACGGCGCAGGGCAUCACCGACGCCGUUGCCAACGGUUUGACCUCGGAUGAAAUCGGACGUUCGGUGAUAUUGGGAUCGACGUUCAAGAAUAGUCCGCGGGAGGUCACGCAGCGUUACCAAGAUGCGAUGGCGUGCGUCGUCAAAUAUGGGAAGCCUUCGCUAUUCAUCACGGUGAUGUGCAACCCCGAAUGGCCGGAAAUCAAGGCUGCACUCGGGCCGAACGAUCAAGCAAGCAACCGUCCGGAUCUCAUCGCACGAGUGUUUCAAGCCAAGUUGAACCGACUCUGCGACGAUGUUUUUGGCAACAAGCAACGUGCGGGCUGUUUCGGCGUCGUUCUAACGCAUACACACGUCAUCGAGUACCAAAAACGGGGCCUGCCGCAUGCCCAUAUCCUCCUCACCCUCGCGCCGGAUGAUCAUCCUUUGUCGACGGAAGCGAUCGAAAAGAUGAUCUCAGCAGAGAUACCCGAUCCUUCGCGCUAUCCUGAUCUCCACGAGACCGGCACAAGGCACAUGCUGCAUGGCAAGUGUGGCGGAAACUCGACUCAGCCCUGCAUGGAGAAGGACAAGUACGGUAACCCGAGGUGCAAGCGCCAUUUUCCUCGCGAACAGAACCCCCACACCCGCAUGCACCCUGAUGGCUACCCGUUGUAUCGCCGACGCUUUCGCCACGCCGUUGUCAAGGGGGUGUCAUCUACAACGAUGGUGACUGCGUGCCGUACUCGCCUUAUCUCUCCGCCAAGUGCAACGCGCAUAUCAACGUCGAGGCUGUGACAACAAUCGGCGCGAUCAAGUACCUCUUCAAGUAUGUGUACAAAGGUCCGGAUCGAGCUGUGGCCCGUGUUGAGCGUGCAGCGAACGGUGAAGGGGCUCGCGAGGAGGAACCGGUUCGAGAUGAGAUCAACGAAUUCGUCGAAGGUCGCUACAUCAGCGCUCCAGAAGCGGUCUACCGCCUAUUCGGAUUCUCGACCAGUAGAGUGUGGCCGCCCGUCAAUCGAUUACCGGUCCAUCUGGAGCAUCAACAAUCUGUGCAGAUCAAUCCCGACGAACCGCUACCCCUCGACACCGCCCACUCGCUCCAAAUUCACCGGCUUCUUCGACCUGUGCGCCGCAGCUCCCGACGGCGAGCUUACUGCCACGUUGCUGUACACGAAUGUGCCGCGCUACUACUCCUGGAAUAAGGAGAAGCUGCACUGGAAACGCCGAGUUCGUGAUCGCAAUGUCAUCGGGCGAGUCUACACCGUCCCACUGCGUAGUGGGGAGCGCUUUUACCUCAGACUGCUCCUCGAGGUCGUCAUGGGUCCGACAUCGUUUGCGGAUCUGCUCAAGUUUGAAGACGUCGUGUAUCCUUCGUACCGCGCCGCUUGCGCCGCUCGCCGACUUCUCGCCGACGAUAGCGAGCAUCACAUCUGUCUCAGGGAAGCUGCACAGAUUGAAACCGGUGACCAACUACGCCGAUUAUUUGUGUUCAUGCUCAUUAAUGCGACGGUUGCCAACCCGCCAGCUUUGCUGGAUCGUCACUUUGCUUCUCUUAGCGACGAUGCCCGUUAUCACAUCGAACGCUAUGAAGACGUGCUCGUCAACGAUCAAACCAUCCGCCUGUGGACGCUCAACAAGAUUCGUCUCCUUGCGGCAAACGAUCGAACUUUGGCCUUCUUUGAUCUUCCCGAGCUGACCGAGGACAAACUGCGGCUGUUUGAUCGUCUCGAGGAACGGCUUCCGCGUUUUGACGCCAGCAAUGUGCGCAAGAUGCCGAAGCGGCGCGUGCCCGUUUGAAUCACGACCAACGAAUUGCAUUUGACGAGUUUCUUCGCGCGGUCGAGCUCGGCGUCGUCGAUCAGAUGCGCGACAACAACCUUGGGCCGCAGCAUGUGUUUUUCCUGCUGGCACCUGGGGUACUGGCAAGACUUUUGUGGAAAAUGCCCUUCUCGAUACUGUGCGAGCUCGAGGCGACCAAGCGAUCGCGGUCGCGUCGUCCGGAGUAGCGGCGUUGCUUCUCAAGGGAGGACACACGGCGCAUUCGACUUUUCGAAUCCCACUCGACACCUUGCCAACCUCGACGUGUCCAGUUCACAGAGAGAGUGAUCUCGCGCUGAUGCUGCGUACCACCAAGCUUAUCAUUUGGGAUGAAGCACCAAUGGCGCAUCGAUUCGCGGUGGGAGCGGUCGACCGUUUACUGCGUGAUCUCCGAGAGACCGAGGAGCUCUUCGGCGGGGUGACAACGAUCUUUGCGGGUCAGUUGGGCCCUUCCGCCUCCGCUCUGAACGACGGCAUGCUAACGAGGUUUCCAAUUUGUAGGGGACUUUCGCCAGUGCCUUCCUGUCGUUCCCAAAGGAACUCCCGGUCAAAUCGCCGAUGCUCGAUGCAUCCCUCAUCAAGGCAGACUUCUGGCGCGACGUUCGUGUCUUGCGACUUACCGAGAACAUGCGUCUCAGCUCGAACGCUGACGCGAUAGACGAGGCUCAAUUGGCUCGAACGCGCGACUUUGCGGAAUAGCUACUCACCGUGGGAGAUGGAACUGCCAACAUGCACCCAUACGACAAGACUGCAGUACGUUUGGCUCCCCUCUUUUACCCAACCAACCGACACUAAGACCCCUUCUAUCCAUUUCGCAGCUGCCUGAUUACCUGCUGCUUCCGGACGGUCAAAGAACGGCCGAAGGGUUGAUGUUUACCCCGGUUUAAGGACCGUGAACAAGGAGUCCCUCGAAGACCUGAUUCAGCUGUUGUCACGUCAGGCAAUCCUAGCUCCGCACAACGCAACGGUCGAUCGCAUCAAUGCCAAGCUGCUGGAAGAGUUCGAUGGCGACUACAUCGAGUAUCGCAGUGCAGACGAGGUUGUUGAGGCGGGCGAAACUGGGGGGUGGAAUGGCGCCUGAACUGAUUUCGCCAGAGUAUCUACAUUCAAUCAACCCAUCCAACUUCCCCGCGCAUCACUUGCGUCUCAAGGAAGGGAUCCCGGUCGUUCUUCUUCGCAAUCUGGACCCAGACGCCGGCCUCUGCAACGGUACUCGCCUUAUCGUCUCACACGCAAGUUCGCGAGUCAUUCAAGCCGUCGUCUUGACCGGAUGUCGAGCGGGCACCACGGUCUUCAUCCCUCGUGUGCGACUCGAGACAAAUGCGACUAGCAGUCGCCAACUUGGUUUCACUAUGCGCCUGCUCCAAUUCCCGCUUCGAGUUGCCUUGGCCAUGACAAUCAACAAAGUCCAAGGUCAAUCACUCGAUCGUGUUGGCGUCGAUCUCUCCCUGCAUCCCGUCUUCACUCAUGGGCAGCUGUAUGUGGCAUUGUCUCGAGCCAUGAGUGUUGAUCGAAUCAAGGUGCUACUGCCCUAUCGCGACCGCCGAUGA